GUGAGGGUGGCAAGGGCAAUCCUCUCGGGGAACUCGGAGAGAAUGACUCACACCUGAGGCAGGCAGGUUACAGCUGUGUCCACAGGUGUGCUCCUCGGUGUGCCAAGUUGUAAGAGCAGCUGAAGAGGCGCAGGAGGCAGCUGCGUGGGCCCCGAACUCCCCAGGGCAAGGGUUGCGAGCUCCCCAGCAAGACACGGGCCAGGUGGCGGCGCCCAGGCUCGGCAGCGCAGAGGAGGCGGCUUCCCGGGCCAGGGGCGGCGGCAGGGGCGGCCCCGGGAUCACAUGGGCGGAGGCAGGUCCCGGAGCCCCGGGCGAGCUCUCCCUAGAGUCGGACAGACGGCUGCGGUGGAACGGCGGAGGCUCCUCGUCCUCACUCCCUCCGUUCUUCCCUCCCUCCUUCCCUUUCCCGGCGGUCCUGGCCGCUCAGCAGCGGGACAGGCGGGCGGCAGCCAGGCAUGGCACUGACUGUGGAUGUGGUGGGGCCAGCACCCUGGGGCUUCCGCAUCAGCGGAGGCCGAGAUUUCCACACGCCCAUCGUCGUGACCAAGGUAACAGAGCGGGGCAAGGCCGAGGCGGCCGAUCUCCGGCCUGGUGACAUCAUUGUAACCAUCAACGGAGAGAGUACAGAGAGAAUGCUCCACGCUGAGGCCCAGAGCAAAAUCCGACAGAGUGCCUCCCCCCUGCGGCUGCAGCUGGACCGGUCCCAUCCUGCCUCUCCUGGGCAAACCAACGGGGACGGCUCCUUGGAAGUGCUGGCAGCUAGAUUCCAGGGCUCCCUGAGGACACACCAUGACAGCCAGUCCUCCUGGAGAUCUGCCUGUUUGAGCCCAGCCUCCCUCAGUCCCAGGCCAGGCAGCCCUUUCUCCACUCCACCCCCCACAAGUCCACUUGCUGCUUCUGGAGAGGAUGUGAUUGGCCGUAGUUUUCAGAGUCUGACACACUCUUCAGGCCUCGCUGCCACUCACCACUUGUCCUACCCGAGCCACUCCACCAGCCGACAGGCCGGCCACAGCAGCCCAAGCGACUCAGCAGUGAGGGUGCUGCCACAUUCCCCAGGUCCUCGGUCCUCCAGCCCCAGGUUCAGCACCUUCGAUCUGGAAGAGGACUCAGAGGUGUUCAAGAUGCUGCAGGAGAACCGCCAGGGACGAACCGCCCCGAGACAGUCCAGUUCCUUUCGGCUCUUGCAGGAAGCCUUGGAGGCUGAGGAAAGAGGUGGCACACCUGCCUUUGUGCCCAGCUCAUUGAGUCCCCAGGCCUCCUUGCCCACCUCCAAGGCCUCGGCCACCCCACCCAAGCUCCACACCUGUGAGAAGUGCAAUGUCAACAUCUCGAACCAGGCCGUGCGCAUCCAGGAGGGAAGGUACCGACACCCUGGCUGCUACACUUGUGCGGACUGUGGGCUGAACCUGAAGAUGCGCGGUCACUUCUGGGUGGGCGAUGAGCUGUACUGUGAGAAGCACGCCCGCCAGCGCUACUCAGUGCCUGGCACUCUGAGCUCUCGGGCCUGAGUCUCAAGGUGCUCAGACAGGACCGACCACACUGAGAGCAAGCAGGGAGGGGUGAUGGCGGGUGACGGCUCCUUACAGGAACUUAAGGUUGUCCUUGCUGGCUGAAACCAAGGGCUGGGACUAGUCUCAGGCUGCAAGUGCUGAGGACAGUUCCACUCUCCGGCCUCCUGCAGACCAGUUGCUGCACUGUAGCCUGAAAUGGCCAUUCGGUUGGACAGGUUUGUGUAUAGGACUGGGCACAGAUAGAAGUAUCUAGAAGGGCAAGGUGGACCUGAGGUUAAUGAUAUUCGUGGUGUAAAGUUUAUUUUGACGUGUGAACGCGAUAUACAUGUGGAUAAAAUGAAGUAGUGUCCUUUUUCCUUCUUUCCCUGUUCCUGAGAAGAAAGUCUUUGUUUAUGGUUACCCGUUUAUUUCCCCUUCCUUAAGCCCUACUCACUAUGCAUCCCAUUGCAGAGGCCUGUUCCUUUUUUCUUUUUUGUACCUUUGAGACAAUAUCCCAGAUACCUCAGACUUAUAGCUCUGCCUCCCAGCAGAAUCGGAUCCAGCUACAGUGUGUGCCCCACCUCAUUCAGUGGGUUCCUUCUUUAAGUUGGGGGUAUAUGCUUUCUUAACUCCUCUCUCUCUCUCUCUCUCUCUCUCUCUCUCUCUCUCUCAAAGAUGAUUGCUUAUUUUUGGAGGGAAGAGGUUUUGUAGGUUUCUUCUCUGAAGCUAGGAGAAACACAGGGGACCGGGAAGGACUGUCAAACACACCACAAAUUCAGCUGUGGGCAGAGCUAGACUGGGACCUGAUUGUUACUCAGUGUAGAUGCUACCGGCCUCACUGACUACCAGUGUAAGGAGAUGAGCAGGACAGGCAGGAAGGGGGACCCAGUGAUGGUGUGCGGGUGGGUGGAGGAGCUUGAUCUUUUAGGCUUCUUGCUCCAUUGGGAACAGUGAUUCAUCGACCAAGGAUAACCUUGAACCCGGGCUCCCGGGUGGCCUUGCUCAGGAAGGGCUGUGGCCUGAGACAAUCCAACAGAGUACUCAUUCCAAGGUACUACCCACAACA